ACCUGAGCGCAGGGCCUGCUGGGUGACGGAGCCGGAAGGGGAUUGUAUUAGUGAACUUGGAGUCAUUGCUGACAUGUCUGACAUUCAAGAAGCUACUAACCAGCUCCUGGACGUGAACCUUCAUGACAACCAGAGAUCUGUACCAGUGACAGAAAGUAGCAUCAGAGUUCAUUGUCUGAGAUCAGUUGAUAAUUUAUUUGUGGUUGUUCAGGAAUUUCCAGAUUACCAGUUCAAAAAUACAAAGGAAGAAGUUCUAAAGGAUUUUGAAGACUUGGCUGGAAAACUCCCAUGGCCAGAUCCUUUAAAAAUAUGGAAAAUUAACACCAGUUUCAAGAAAAAAAAGCGCAAAAAGAUAAAUCAAAAUUCCAGUAAAGGGAAGAUUGAUAAUGGACAAGGAGACAAAUUAGAUGAGAGAGAUGUUAAAGAAUUCACCAACAAUGAUUUAGAUUCACACAUCUUAGACUAUUAUGAAAAUCCAGCCAUCAAAGAGGAGGUAUUAACAUUAGUAAGUGAUGGCUUGGCAUCUUGCAAAGAUGAGAUCGAUGAAGGCUCAAAAGAAGAAACUGAGCAUCAAACACUAAAGUUUAGAGUCACGUGCAACAAGGCAGGAGAGAAACAUUGCUUUACCUCAAAUGAGGCUGCAAGAGAUUUGGGGGGUGCUGUUCAAGAUUAUUUUAAGUGGAAGGCUGAUAUGACCAACUUUGACGUGGAGGUUCUCUUGAAUAUCCAUGAUAAUGAAAUCAUCAUGGGAAUUGCACUGACUGAGGAAAGUCUCCACCGCAGAAAUAUUACACAUUUUGGACCUACAACUCUUAGAUCUACUCUUGCCUAUGGGAUGCUCAGGCUUUGUGCACCUCAACCUACUGAUAUAAUAAUUGAUCAAAUGUGUGGAACAGAGGCAAUACCAAUAGAGGAGGGAGCAAUGGAAUGGGCUGACUGUUAUCAUAUUGCUGGUGAUAAUAAUCCCCUGGCUGUGAAAAGAGCAGCAAAUAACAUCUCAUCUUUACUCACCAAGAGCCAGAUGAAAGAUGGCAAACCAUCCUGGGGUUUGCCCAUUGAUGCUGUGCAGUGGGAGAUUUGCAAUCUCCCAUUGAGAACUGGUUCUGUGGACAUUAUUGUAACAGAUACGCCAUUUGGAAAAAGAAUGGGCUCCAAGAAGAGAAACUGGAAUCUUUAUCCAGCUUGCCUGCGAGAGAUGAGCCGUGUCUGUAGACCCGGGACAGGCCAAGCUGUUCUACUUACUCAGGACAAGAAAUACUUUACCAAGGCAUUAUCUGGAAUGGGACACGUAUGGCGAAAAGUGCCUACAGUCUGGGUGAAUAUUGGGGGUCUUCAUGCUGCAGUUUAUUUUCUGAAACGUACACCCCAAGCUUUUGUUCAUCCUGUGGAACAAGAUGGAGAGAGAGGAACUCCUUGGUAAUGCAUAGGAUGAAGAUAAUUAAGAGUAUUAUACUUUUCAACACUGGGAAUGUCAGCAUGAAGAACUUUAGAGAAAAAUAGUAUUAACAAAAGUGCAGUCUACUAUUUAAACAAGUCCAAAGCUCUUCUCCUUGGUUAGCAAGAUACAAAGUAAUGUAAUAUAACUUUAAAAGAAAACAUUUUCCUUGGGGAUAUUUUGAAAAGGGUAGCUGUGCAAUUAGUAUUUUUCUUACACUGCUUUAAAGAUGAUUAGGGAAAAGCCUACCAAGGUACUCUAGGAUCUAGGUUUUAGAAUG